CUGGGUCUGACAGGGGACGGAAGCACGUCAGCCAGGCUGGGCCAUUCACAGUGGCCUGCCUGGAGUGUUCGAUCCCCAUGAGGCAGAGGAGGAGGGACGCCAGGACGAUGGCUGGAGCCCAGGGACCUUGGCUGCCGCUGCCUCCCCUCUGGCUCUGGUGCUGGGUCCAGGUGCUGCUGGCUCCCCCAGGGCUAUGGCCGGCACGGGCCUUCAACUUGCACUCGGACCAUCCCACUAUCUACACUGGGCCCCACCACAGCUACUUCGGCUUCGCCAUGGACUUCUUCCAGGGCAGUAAGGGCGGCAUGAGUGUGGUGGUGGGUGCACCCCGGGCCAACACCUCGCAGCCUGGCGUGGUGGAGGCUGGAGCCGUGUACUUGUGCCCCUGGGCGCCCGGCGGGACCCGCUGCAGCAUCAUAGAGUUUGAUCCCAAAGGAGACCAGGCCGAGACCAACGGGCUCCUCCAGCUGAAGACGUACAAGUCUCACCAGUGGUUCGGGGCGUCCGUGAGCAGUUGGGGCGACAACAUUGUGGCCUGCGCCCCCCUGCAGCACUGGAACGUCUUCGAGGACAAGGCCCAGGCCACCCAGACCCCCGUGGGGACCUGCUUCGUGGCCACCGAGGGCCUGAGCCGCUUCGCCGAAUACUCGCCCUGCCGCUGCCAGCACAUGGAGGCCGUGUACCAGAAGAGGGGACACUGCCUCACUCCCAGUCCCUCCGUGCCCACAGCACACUCAGCCGAGGGGCCCCACGCAGGGAGAUCUCUGCCAACGCCUUUGGGCCCUAGGUUCACCCUGGGAAGGCCAAACCCAGGCAUCUGGCUGCCCCGUGGACCCAGCAGCUCACUCCCUGCCGAGGAGGCUGGCUGCGGGGCGCUGACCAACGAGGGACGCCAGAGGUGCCAGCUGGCAUCCCGCUGGCCAGGGCAGAUGAGUGGGUUCCUGGCCCAGCCUGGAAGCCUGGCUAUGCCGAGUGAAGAUCACAGCCAAACUCCUCAGGGGCAACCCCCCAACAUCCCCCAGCUCCCCCUGCCCCAGGAGCGUGGCACUAACGCGGCCUUGUGCCCCUCUCCAGUCAAUGACAAGCGGUACUGCGAGUUGGGCUUCAGUGCCACCAUCACCCACGCUGGCAGGCUGGUGCUGGGUGCCCCGGGAGGAUACUACUUUGUGGGGCUGAUCUACUCGGUCAAUCUGUCAGCAGUCGUGUCCCACGUCCCGGGCAGCGCCCUGCUCUGGUCCGUGGCCCCGGAGCAGGUCACCGAGGACAUGUACAAUGAGUACGAUGAUGCCUACAGAGGGUUACUUCGGUGGCCGUGGGGGAGUUCGCAUGGGCCCCGCCUACGCCAGUGCUUCCUCGCCCCGGAAGGUCCCUGCCCCACCAGACUGCCAUCAUCGCUGCCUGACUCCAUUAGUACUUUCUCAGUGGACAAGUCUACCAGCCUGGGCUGUUAUCCGAUUUACUACACUCCUCCCAGCUUGCCAGAGCACCCGUGCCCCUGGCUGCCUGCUGACGCUGGUGCUGGCUCAGAGCCGGCAGUUGACGCCCGCAGCACCGAUACUGUGCGAUGCCGCCCAGAGGGUGCAGAGGUCUGGCAAGCAGCCGAGUGCCAACCCUUCCGCGAGGGGGAGGCAAGCGGCUUUCUUGUGCUCGCCCAGUCUGACCUUUCCAGGUCCCUCCUACUGGCCCCGGGGGACAGGGCUUUGCCCUUUGUUUUGGGGGUGCCUGGCCAGCGGCUCAGCAGCCUCUGCCCGGGUGGGUCGCGGGUGACUUUGUUUUCUUCACGAGGCUAUGUCGUGGGCAUCCCAACAGAGAACGGAUGUGGGGAGGUCGAGAUCUUCAUGCUAGGAAGUCUCUGGUGCUGGUACAGAGCUAUCCAGAGUGAGCAGGAUGUGCAAGCCACACCGCCAUCCCACACCCCGCACCCUUGGCUCGCCAACCUCAUCGCGAAAGAGCGACGCCACCAGAUCACCGGGAAGGACGACAUCUUGGUGGGGGCGCCGCUGUACAUGGUGUCCCGCUCCGACCACAAGCUCUACGAGGUGGGGCGCGUCUACCUGUACCUGCAGCACCGGGGCCCCCACCCCUACAGGCACCCCGCACAGACCAUGACCGGCACCGAGGUCUUCGGCCGCUUCGGUACAGCCAUCGCUCCUGCGGGGGACCUGGACCAGGACGGCUACGUCGACGUGGCGGUGGGGGCUCCGUUCGCCGGGAGCGGUCGUGUGCUCAUCUUCAGGGGGUGCAGCGAGGGGCUCCGCACGCCGGCCUCGCAGGUCCUGGAGAGCCCCUUUCCUGGUCGUGCCGCCUUCGGCUUCUCCGUGCGCGGCGCCACCGACAUCGAUGCCAACGGGUACCCAGAUGUGCUGGUUGGGGCGUUCGGCGCCAGCAAGGUGGCCGUGUACAGAGCCCAGCCUGUGGUGGUGGCCAGUAGCCAGCUGCUAGUGCCAGACGUGCUGAACCCCGAGGAGAAGGCCUGCGCUGUCGACAGGACCCCUGUCAGCUGCUUCACCAUCCAGGCUGUGGUGCGGGCCAUCAAGGGAAAGAGCCUCCGAGAGAAUAAGGCUGGCCGCCGACUCUGCAGUGGACGGCUGAAGCCCAAAAUCGGGGCGAAGGGUCGGAGCUGCACAACACCAGGCAGGCCGGGCCUGGAGCUGCAGCUAUCAAGGAGGAGCCCUGAGGCCAGAAUCUCCAACAGCCUACCUGCGGCACUGACCCUGGCAGCUGGGACAGCCGAGAGCUGGGACUGGGCUGCUCUAGGGCAGCACGGGGUUCCAGAGCAGACAAGAAUCGUGCUGGACUGCGGUGAGGACAACGUCUGCGUCCCGGAGCUGCAGCUUGCCGCCCACACGCCCGUGUCCCAGCUGUUCAUUGGGGCUGAGAACGUGGUUCAUAUCCUGGCUGACGCCACCAACGUAGGCGAAGGCGCCUUCGAGGCUGAGCUGCGGCUGCAGCUGCCACACGACGCCCACUAUCAGAAAGCCACCAGCAACGUCCAGGGGCUGGAGAAGCUGAUCUGUAACCUCAAGAAGGAGAACGAGACACGUGUGGUGAUCUGCGAGCUGGGGAACCCCAUGAAGAAUGGGACCAAGAUCACUGUGGACAUGGCGCUCAGCAUCAGUAACCUGGAGGACGCUGGCGACACCAUCGAGUUCCAGCUGCAGCUGUGGAGCAAGAAUAGCCACAGCCCCCACAGCAACAUGGAGCGGGUGCAGAUCCCCAUCAAGGCCGCUGCACGGCUGGACCUGAGAGGGAAUUCGCUGCCAGCCACCAUGGUGCUGCCAGUGGUGGGCUGGGAACUGGCAGAGGGCAGCCGCCGGCUGGAGGACCACGGGCCCAAGGUGGAGCAUGUCUAUCAGCUGCACAACCAGGGCCCUGGCACCGUGAGCCAAGCGGAGCUGUGGGUGGAGUUCCCGAACAAGUUCCAGGGCGACUUCUUGCUGUACAUGGUGGAGCUCAGCACAGAGGGGAGGAUCAACUGCUCCAGCCCCACGGGGCUCAACCCUCUGGGGCUGGAGGGCCAGAAACCAACGGCCUCCCCUGGCCACAACAUGAGUUACCAGCUGGUCCACAGGCGGGAGCGACGGGAGGCGGACAAGGCCGAGGCAGGCCCAGGCACUCUCAGGGACCCCACCCUGGUGAACUGCAGCAGCCAGUCCUGUGUGGCCGUGCUGUGCAAGGUGGAGAUGCUGGAGAGGGACCAGCGGGCCAUGGUGACUGUCCACUCCAUCCUGUGGAUGCAGAGCGUCUGGAAGCGGCCCCAUGACCAGUUCAUCAUCCAGUCGCAGGCCUGGUUCAACGUCUCCGCCAUGCCCUACCGCAUCCAGCCCGAAGUGCUGCCCAGCGGACACGCCACGGCCCACACGGAGGUGGUGCGGGUGAGCCCGGAUGCUGAGAAGGAGAUCCCCACCUGGUGGGUGGUGCUGGCUGUGCUGGCCGGGCUCCUGCUCCUGGCCCUCUUCAUCUGCGCCCUGUGGAAGAUGGGGUUUUUCAAGAGAACCCGGCCACCCAUGGACGACCAGGAGGAGCUAACGAGUGAUGAGACGAGGGAGCCAUGCACAGGGAAGGGCCAGUAGGGGGGCGCUUCCCAAACUGGUCCCCUCCUUGCGCUCCCAUCCCUACCUCCUGCAAGUGCAGCCCAUGCCUGGGGUCUGUGCCUCAGUAGCAAGGAGAAGCAAAGCUGAUGCCUACGCCAGCCAGACGGACAGGCAGCUCCUGCCCCCCUGCUCUGCCUGUAGUGUGCACACCCUGCCCCGCGCCAGCUGGAGCUCCCCACCCACAGCGGUCUCCCCUCCCAGCCGAGGGCGGCAGGCAGCCAAGGGCCCCGGGCCAUACCCUGUGGCAGGCUGUAUCCUGGUACCAGAGCAGACAUGGGCAGAGCUGGCCAGAGGAAAGUUCCCCCCGCCACCACGCCAACAGCUCAGCCCCAGGAAUGCUGCACCUGGCUGGGAUCUCAGUCCUGCCCCUGGCACUCAAGGGGGAGCUGGAUCAGCUCAUCUGCCCGCAGUACAGCCCAGGCCCCCGGUGCUGAGCCCAGAGCUGGCAGAGACCAGAGAGACCGAGCAGGGAAUGGAUGAGGAGACAGAGCCACCCCCAAGGCUUCAGAGGAAGCCGGAAACCCCCUGAGGUCCCUGCCCAUCUGCCCUGGGGAAACACCCCAGCCGUGGCAGAGCAGUUGACCCCAGAGCCUGCUGCCCAGCCCCACGCAGCUGGGUGUCCUGGCAGCUGGUGCUGCCUCUCCUUAGCACCAUGUCGAUUUCCACCUCUUGCAGAGGCUGAUCAGCCCUGGGUGGGGGUCAAACAGCUGCCAAGGCCCCACCCUUGCAGGGCAGAGCACCAAGCCCCCAGCUGCACCCUUGGGGGAGACGGGGGGCGGGGCCUCUUCCAUUCCCCAUCCACUGCUCCUGCAUCAUGGGCCCCGCUCCUGGCCAGGGGAGCAAGGAAUUGUAGCCUCCCUCCUGCUGCUUCCUGCUGUGCAAUAAACGAGCUCCCAGAACCCUG